AUAACUGUCCGUUUUAGAUUCCAAGAUUGGGGAGCACUUGGGGAGAGAGAGAAAAAUAACUUUAUUUUUUCCUAAUUCAAAUUGAAAUUGUGUGGUGUGACUCAAGGGUUUAAUAGCCAGCCAAAGACCGUCGUAUAUAUAGCCUUGGACUCAAGACUCAUAAUGGAUGGUGUACCAGUGAAAAUAAGUGAAAUGUGUCGUCCUCCGACAAAGGUUCAUCUACCAGCUCCUCUCCGUGCUCUGCCACCAUCAGAGCUGCCUGCCCAACCAAUAACAUUCGAGCUGGAGACCAAAGCUCUGCAUUGGGUGCAGGAGCGCAGGCGCAACCUGUUGUCGGAGCGUGCCGGUCGGACGGAGCGGCUGCACCUGAAGGAGCAGGCCCAGAAGCGUCGGCGGGAGGAGCAGGCCCGGCGACUGGCCGAGGAGCAGGAACAGCGGCGGCGCCAGGAGGAGGAGCAGCUGCGCCGCGAGGAGCAGGAGCGGCUGGAGGAGUUUCGCCGCAAAAAGCAGCAGGCCAACACAGCCGAGUCCACGGAGGCGACAGCGUCCGGGAGCGACACAGCUUCGGCCGCUGCCGCCGCGCCCGCUGAUGCUAUAACAGCCAACUCAACUGCCAAUGCCAGCACCACCACCAAUGCCAACGCCACUGCCACCGCACCUGCGGCGGCCCCUUCGCCUCCCCCAGUCGCGGCUGAUGCUCCCGCCACUGUCACAAACCACGUAGCUUCGACGGACCCCGAGACCGCCGUCGAUCCCGCUCCAGCUCUUGCGAACGCCGCCGUCGAUCCGAGCCACUCCCACCACAGCCGAGCGCCAGGCCUGGACGCGAGCAGCUCGGCCGCCGCUCCCGUCGGCCGUCCGGCCGCUACGCCUCAGACCGACGCACGUCCCUCGCCCACCGUUAUCUCCUCCAACCCGUUCAACCCGUUCGCGGGUGCGGCGGCGGCCAUGCUGCAGCCGCAGACCUGGCGACACCAGCAGGCCGCCGGCGCGUCAGCCCAGCGUCCGGUAUCGUUCAACUACCGCGACUUCGAGAGCCAGGCGAGCGACCCGUUCGACAGCGCUGAACUGAAGACCAUCAACGACAUGGAAGAGCUAGCCAGUGUGUUCCGGCCGCCGGCAGCCGCGGCGACCUCCCAGCCCCGGCUCGAGUACCCGGGUCAGCAGUCUCAGCAGACGCGGCCGGCGGCCGGCACCCACAGCCAUCAGUACCACGCGCCGGCCGCGGCAGCCGCCAGCGCCGGCGGUUACAGCUUCUCCGGCGCCUACUCGCCGUACCCGAGCGCGGCCUACAGUCGACCGGCGUACAGCGGCGCUCCGGCCAAGCCGGCGGUGGUCGAGACGCCCCCGUACCGGUACCCGGGCGGCGGGUACGUACCCCCGGCGCCAGCGGCGCGGCCCAACUCACUGGCGGCCGAGGCGCCGGUGCCCGCACCGCCACAGCCCGAUGCGCGCCAGCUGCAAGAGUUUUACGCGCGCUACUACGGGCCGCCGGCCGGCGCCGGAGCUCGACUCCGCAGCAGUAGGAGCGAACCGGACCUGAGCGAACCGACGGCAGCGGCGGCCGACGCCGGUCCGGACUCGGACGGCGGAGCGGCGCGGCGCACCAAGUCGCACACACCGCCGCCGGCCCCGAGCUCCGGCGGCGCGCCACCGACGCAGGAGUGGCCCUGGCAGCGGCCGGAGCGGCCCGCCGAGCCGGCCCCUGACCCGCUGCACGGCCUGGAGCCGGCGGUGCGCGCUCGGCUCCAGGAGCUGGCGCAGAUGGGAUUCCCGCUCGACCGACUCCGGAGGCUGCACACCCAGUUUGACGGAGACGAAAAACAGAUGAUCGAGUUCUGUCUGUCGGCUCAGCGUCUGGAGGAGGCGGGCCACGCGCCGCUGGCGGCCGAGCGCGGCCUGCUCGAGUGUGACGGCGACCUGGGCCGGGCGGCCGACUUCCUCAGCUCGCUCACUCAGCUCACCGGUCUGGGCUUCCCCGAGCAGCGGGCCGCUGACGCGCUGCGCCGCUGCGACAUGAAUCGGGACCGGGCGCUGGACAUGCUCGUGCAGCGCUGACGGCGCGGUGGUGUCGCUGCCCCGGUAUGCUCCGCCGGCCGCCGUGUGACAGCGGCAGCCGCCGGACAGGGAGCGCAGAGGACACGGUGCCUGCGACCGGGCUCCGUCGGCUGGUCCAGGGAUCAAGCACCGACCGCUGGCUGAUAAUGUGGCUGUGUAGCCACCGCCAUCUGCAGCACGGCGUGAGAAACCUGCAGGUGGCUCGGCUGGGCGCUGAGCUCUCAGUGAUCGCCGACAGAGGGCUUUCCAGCGGAGCUAGGUAAGCUGAGCCGUUUAGAGCGUCCGCCUACGGCCGUGGGCCUCAGCUAGCUGCGGUGUACGAAGAGCUUCAGCUGUCUCCGGGCGUACGGGAAGUAUUCUUGGUGCGUGAACCAUGUGCACUGUGAGUCGUGACACCGUCAUCUUAUCGUGAGUCGUGAGUCGGUCGCGAGUGGUGGCUGUGAUGUCCGUAAUCGUCAGAUCUGUAGCGUCGUCACUCGUCGGCGUGCCACGUCUGGCCCGCUCUGUCCUGCUCUAGGCUAGCGGGGGACGAGCGGCACACCGCCUGUCCACCCCCGCUGCUCGGUCAAUUCCACCCACAUUCCAGGCAAGUUUGGUUCAGAAACGCUGCUCAUUUUUGCUUUGAACCAUGUUUAGCAAAAAUAUCCACUCAUUUGUGAUAAGUGGCGGUGGGUGAUGGACGACCAGACGUCAAAUAGCGUAAAAUACUGCUAAGAAAAUGGUGCUAUUUUAUGUACCGGCCGCUGUUUUAGUUUAUGUGUACCGUGGGCGGCUGUAGCUGUAACCAUUUGGAUCUGUGCGCGCUCGUUCAGUUCUUGUGCGUCUGCUGGCGGCGGGCGGUGUUCCGCGCCCCGACGGGCCGUUCAGGGAGGGUUGGGUGCCCCGCCUACCGACCCAGGGAGCGGUGGGUGCCCCCGCCUACCGACCCAGGGAGCGGUGGGUGCCCCGCUUACCGACCCAGGGAGCGGUGGGUGCCCCCGCCUACCGACCCAGGGAGCGGUGGGAGCCCCGCCUACCGACCCAAGGAGCGGUGGGUGCCCCGCCUACCGACCCAGGGAGCGGUGGUUGCCCCGCCUACUGGAGACGGCCGUUAUAACGACCUCUAUGUGGUCUUCGCCUGCCUGCGUCAUAUAUCAUGUAAGAGCUAAGAAGUAUGCGUAAUAUACCUGUAUCCGAAUAUCA